AUGUUCGCCCUCGAUUUCAUCUCACUCCUCCUUUCGAAAAACGCCCCGCGCCAGGCCGAAACCUCCAUGUCGCCCUACUUGAAACAGAUCGCUCCUCUUGGCUCAUUGAAUGCCGAUGUUGUCAACCCCCCUCCGAAACCAGAAUCGGCUAUGAAGGAUAUUGCGUCUGUCUCCAGAGGUUGGAGACUCCAGAACUUCAAUUCCGCGUCCAGCAAGCUAUUGAAGGCGGCCUCUCGACUGGAGACGGAAGUCGCAUCGGAAACCAGGUACUGGAAUGAAGUAUUAGCGGUCAAGAACAAAGGAUGGAAAGUCUGCAGGUUGCCACGCGAGAGACAGGCUCUCGGAGUGCAGUACGGAUUCCUUGAAGCUACACCGGUCUUUCGCGACCGUGGGCUUGCUUCCUUGCGGCGAUCUGAGGAUGGGAGCUUGAUCCUGGAUAAGGGACUUAUUCCUUCCGGAGCUCGCUUUGUUCGAGUGCGUGUGAAGCAAGGCUCUCGCAUCAUAAGUGGCACAAGACCAUUUGCCAACAAUUCCACCGAUGCCGAAUCGAUCGAGCAUCGCAUCCUCCAAGCGCGUGACUCAGUCUUCGAGGAGGAACUGUUCCACGAAUUGGUUCGAGAAGCUCGAUCCAUGGCAAGCUCCGGCGUGACAACCCGUCAAAAUCUCAUCCAAGUCCCCGCUUCAGAAGACCUUGAAAUCCUGUUAGAUCUGGUAGAUGCGGACGAGAAUCUCGAUUCCGACGAGGAUUCUACAGCGACUGAUAAACUUCUUGCCAACGGGUUAGCACACUCAUUACGCAUCCUGCUCUCCUUUGCUCAUCGCCAAAACCUACGGCGUCGUACACAAAUCCCGCCGCCAUUGACAUCAAAGAGACGGACUACGCCUGAGUACCACCUUCUCCGUCCCGCUCUGGCUUACUUUCAGCAUCUGGCGCAACUCCGGCAGCUGGAAUCAUUCCUUCGCGAGAUCUUCGGUGUCCUGCGAUCGUCCGGUUUGGAUAUUCCUGAAUUGACGACCAAAACAUUCACAAAUGGACCUCCGCUGCCUUCGAUUUCUUCUGAGACUCCUCUCGAGACACUUAUUCGAAAGUUCCUCACGCCAAUCGAGUCUGUGCUCCGCGGAAACCUCUUCACACCCGAUAGCUUCUUCAGUAUCACAAUUCGAACAAAUCUGUCUGCACCGCCAUUUGGCACAUAUUACGAUGUGUCUUUCAACUUCCCUUCUUUCUCCGACGUCAAGUCUCCGGGUCGCGUGGCAUUGAGGGAUGAGGUUGAAGCUGCCAUCACACACAUCUUACUGUUAGAUUUGGUCUCCCGAAUCUCCUCCCAUGAGUGGCCAUCAGAAAACAAUGAUUCCGACGGUACCAAGACAUGGGACGCAAUCUACCCUCAACUGGGUGAACUGUUACUUUGUGGAAGCGAUCCUGAAACCCACAAGAAGAUGAAAGUAGCCCUGUCCCGUCAUGAGCUUUCUGUUUCCACCUUUCUCGUGCGCGGCAUCGACGGCGUUGGGCGCGGUAUCCACGAGCUACGAUCUAGUAACGCUCAGACUCACACCUGGAAUUCGUCAGCAUCCAUCGACAGCCCCAACAAGCAUUCCUCUGUUAUGGACUUCAUAAAUGCCGAACGUACCGGCCGACCUGCCUCGCAGACCGACUGA